AUGCCUACAGUACUGAUUACGGGAACCAAUCGAGGCCUUGGACUUGGACUAGCCAAAGCUUAUGCUCAACAAGCUGACACGACUGUGAUACUAGGUUUAAGGAAUGUCGAUACAAUGCCUGAAAUCAAGGCGGGACAAGGUAUUAAAGUGAUCAAAGUGAAAAUCGAUUCUGGUGAUAUAGGAUCUCCCAAAAAGGCUAUGGAAGAACUAAAAUCACAAGGUAUCGAUAAACUUGAUAUUGUGAUUGCCAAUGCAGCAAUAGGAGAUUGUUUCGGUGCUCUAUCUGAAGUUGAUUUAAGUUCUUUUGAAGAGCAUUGGAGGAUCAAUGUAUUAGCCCCAUUGGCUCUGUAUCAAGCGUGUGUUCCAUUGAUGCCUGAAGGGUGUAAAUUCGUUUGGAUGUCUUCUGGAGCUAGUAUCAUCGAUAGAGUACCCGAUAAGACUGAUGCAGGAUAUGGAAUAACCAAGUGCUGUAUGAACUACCUCGCUCGAUACGCUCAUUUCGAACAGCCUAAAAUAAUCUCAUUCUCAUUGAGUCCAGGUUGGGUCCAGACCGAUAUGGGUGAUAGAGCGGCUAUAUUAUCAGGAAUGGAUAAAGCUCCUAUAACAGUCGAAGAGAGUGUUGAGGGUAUGGUAAAGGUGAUUGCGGAUGCUACUAAAGAUAAUUAUUCAGGAUUACAUAUGAGAUAUAACAGUACGCAAUCCAAGUGGUAA